AUGCCUAACAACUACCAGAACUACCUGGCCUUCAUUUUUGCCAUAGAAGAGAUCAACAGGAAUCCUCAUCUUCUGCCCAACAUUACUCUGGGCUAUGAGUUCCACAAUUUCAUUUACAGUCAUUGGAGGAUACUAGAGAAUUCCUUCAUUUUGCUCACAGGACAACAUGAGAUCCCUAAUUACAUGUGUGGGGCAGAAAGCAAGUGUGCAGCAGUCCUGACAGAAGUACCAUGGGGAACCUCAGCUCAGAUUGGACCACUGCUGGAGCUCUACAGAUUUCCACAGGUUACCUUUGGCUCGUUUGAUUCUACCCUUAUGGACAGGGGACAGUAUCCUUCUCUCCAUCAAGUGGCCCCAAAGGACACUUAUUUGGCCCUUGCCAUGGUGUCCUUGAUGCUUCAUUUCCACUGGACCUGGGUGGGGCUGCUCAUCACAGAAGGCCAUAAGGGUCUUCAGUUUCUCUCAGAUAUAAGAGUUGAGAUGGACAGAAACAGAAUUUGUGUGGCCUUUGUAAAAAUGUUGUCAACUGUGGCUGUGUCAUAUAUCUCAGUCACACAGAAACAUGAUAUUUUGACUUCAGAAACAUCAUCAGUCAAUGUGGUGGUCAUUUACUAUGAUACUGAUAGUGCAAAUGAUGUAAACUACAACAUAGCACAAAGUUUAGUGAUAUGGAAAGUUUGGGUGACAAACUCACGAUGGCAUGCUGAUAUGACUGGGAGAAAUUUCAUACUUGACCCAUUCCAUGGGAUUCUUGUUCUUUCACACCAUCAAGCAGAAAUUUCAGGUUUCAAAACUUUUGUCCAGGCAGCUACCCCUUUCAAGUACCCAGAAGACACUUACCUCUUUAUGUAUUGGUCCAAGAAUUUUGAUUGCUCAUUCUCUGAGUCUGACUGUGCCUUGAAGAACUGUACCCCUAAUGCCUCUCUGGUUCAGUUGACUCUGAAUCGUUUUGAAACAGCCAUGAAUGACUGGAGCUACAAUAUAUAUAAUGCUGUGUAUGCUGUGGCCCUUGCCCUUCAUGCCAUGCUUUUGGAAGAAGUAGAAAUUCCAGCAAUGAGAAAUAGACAAGUGAUGAUGUUUCCUCCGUGGAAGCUGCAUCCAUUUCUGAAGAACAUCCAAUUUAACAAUCCUGCCGGAGACCAUGUGAACUUGGAUUACAGAAAGAAACUGGAUUCAAAGUAUGACAUUCUUAAUUUUUGGAAUUUUCCAGAAGGCCUUCGACUGAAAGUUAAACUAGGAACAUUUUCCACACACGCUCCAGAUGGCAAAAAAAUGACUUUGUCUCAGGAUAAGAUAGAGUGGGCCAUAGGAAUUACUGAGAAUUUCCACUCAGUAUGCAGUGAGAGUUGCAAUCCUGGAUUUAGAAAAAGCCCUCAGGAGGGAAAGUCAGCCUGUUGCUUUGAAUGCACUCCUUGUGCAGACAAUGAGAUUGCCAAUGAUACAGAUAUGGAACAAUGCUUAAUGUGUCCAGAUCAUCAGUAUGCCAACACUCGUCAAACUCAUUGUCUUCAAAAAGUUGUGACUUUUCUGGCUUAUGAAGACGCCCUGGGGAAGGCUCUGGCUGGCACUGCCCUGAGUCUCACUGUUCUCACAGCUGCUGUUCUUGGUCUCUUUGUGAAGCAUAGAGACACUCCAAUCGUCAAGGCCAACAACAGGGCUCUCAGCUACACCCUGCUCAUCUCCCUCACCUGCUGUUUCCUCUGCUCCUUGCUCUUCAUUGGCCGUCCCAAUGCAGCCACGUGUAUCCUUCAGCAGACCACGUUUGGAGUCGUGUUCACUGUGGCUGUUUCCACUGUUUUGACCAAAACCAUUACUGUGGUGCUGGCCUUUAAGGUCACUGCUCCAGGUAGAAGAAUAAGGAAAGUGUUGCAUUCAGGGGCCCCUAACUCCAUCAUCCCCAUCUGCUCCCUGAUCCAACUCACUCUCUGUGGCAUCUGGAUGGGGACAAAUCCACCCUACAUUGACACAGAUGCUCACUCUGAGCAUGGCCAUGUCAUUAUCGUGUGCAACAAGGGCUCCCUCACCGCCUUCUAUUGUGUCCUGGGAUACCUGGGCUCCCUGGCCCUGGUGAGCUUCACGGUGGCUUUCCUGGCCAGGAACCUGCCUGACACCUUCAAUGAAGCCAAGUUCCUGACGUUCAGCAUGCUGGUGUUCUGCAGCGUGUGGGUCACCUUCCUGCCCGUGUACCACAGCAGCAAGGGGAAGGCCAUGGUGGCCAUGGAGGUCUUCUCCAUCUUGGCCUCCAGUGCAGGGCUGCUGGGCUGCAUUUUUCUCCCUAAGUGCUACAUUAUUUUGUUACAACCAGAGAUAAGUUCUAUGACUGGGAUCAGAGAUAAAUCACACAAUAGAAAGAAACAUUUAGAGAUUAAAAAAAAAUAA